AUGGGAUGUUUUCCCUCUAGGUUAGUUGAAAGAACCGAGUCUAUGGAUGCACAAAGUUCCCAAACUGAAUUCCGAUACAUUAAUGGUAGAAGAUUUCAUAACGUGGAAAAUGUUAAAUAUCAUUUACCAAACGAUGAAAAUGAAUCAGAUAGGCUGCAUUCUCAGCAUUUCAUAUUAAGAUAUCUCUGGCAAAGCAAUUUUUCUUCUCCUGUAGAUCAUAUUUUGUCUAAACCAGGUGCAAAAGUCCGUGAUAUUAUUGGUUUAGAUAUAUCUCCACAUCAACCAACUACUAUAAAACCUAAAAACUUUGACUUCGUUAAGUCAAAUGUUGAAGAAGGAUUGCCAUUCGAUGAUAAUAAUUUUGAUUUUGUAUUUCAACGACUUUUAGUAAUUGGUAUUACCAAAGAGAAGUGGCCAUACGUAGUAAAUGAGUUGGUCAGAGUUUUAAAACCAGGUGGAUUUUUAGAGCUUUAUCCUUUUACUUACAUAAAAUUUCAUUCAAUUUAUCAUGAAGAAUACGAAAUAUUAGAACAACAAGGCAGUGAUUUUGAUUCAUAUCAAAAGUUAGAGGAAUAUUGUCGAAAUCAAGGAACGGAGUCUAAAACGGCCAAAUCCUAA